GUAGAAAAAUAACCACCGCGGCGCCAAACAUUAGAACCUAAAUAACAACUACAACAACAACCUAGAAAUCAACUCAAAAUUCAACUCAAAAUAUCAAACAAAACAAAAGAAAACUGGAAAUCCUAUGUCUACGAUUUGGAGGGGUUUAAAAAUAGAAAUUUAACCAAAUGUUUUGACUAAACACACUCAUACCAAUAUGCACACACGGAUACAUACAUGUAUAAACACCCAAACUCAACCAACACAAAUACAAAAUGCCACCACAAUCCACUGAGCCCACUGUUUUCCAAUCGACGGCGCAACAACCCACCAGACUUCCUCCUACGGCCUAUUAUAAACAAAGCCACCCUUACUCUCGCCCUUUUUCUUAAAUACCAACAGCUUGCUUCAAAUCUCGAACUAUGCUGUCACCGACAGCAAACAACCCAGUCACUACCACCAACAACGCAUACUCACUCUGCACAUGCUAGCUUCUUUCAUCUUCCUUUUUCACUAAACACUACCCGGGGACAAUAGUUUCCGGCAAGCCGCUACUCCCCCACACCUCCGUCAACAAUUUAUUAGAAAUUGAUUUUAGGAGAAAUGGAAAGUUCGAAACAAUUGGGAUUUUUUUUUUUGGAAAUUGGAUGCAGUUACUAAUUCAUGAUUUGGCAUGUACAGAAAGAAAACUUUAUUUUCGAUUCUACGAGAAUUUUUAUGAAAGUCUUUCAUUUGCUUCUCUUCGAUGGUAGUUUGAUUAUCCCAGAAUGUAUCUUAAUUUUUUGCCUAAUUCUUCUUCUGAUGAUCGAUUCAACCUCUGAUCAAAAAGAUAUAGAGGUUGGAGAGUUCGUCGGGGAGGGGGAUGGGCGGGGACGAGCGGUGGGUGGUGGGGAGGAGAGAGGGGUUGAAGAGUAAGAAGAUGAUAGUGCGGAUCGAAGAGGAGAGAGGUAUUGAAGAGAGAUUAAUUGAUUUUAGGAGAGAGAGAGAGAGGGGGUGAGGUGAGAGAGGAGGAAAGAUAAGUAAUAAGAAAUGAAAAGAUGAAUUAGAGAAUGUGGUAUUUUUGAAAAUAAGAUUCAAAAUAUAGUAUAUUUAAAAGAUUUUUAGAGAGUGGUAUAUUUGUAAAUAAGAUCCAAAAAGUAGUAUACAUGACAUAUUCCCAAUAUAUUUUUUUUUACUUUGACACUAGUACUCCCAACUAUUAUACUUAACAGGAAUUAAGUAUAAAAAUUUCAAUCUCAUUAAAAUUAUCCAGAUUAUUUUUUCACAAAUAUUAAUUUCUUAAAUUGUAAAAAAAACUUAAUCUUAUAUUUAAUUUCUUUUAAGUAAUGAUAUUUUGAGUAUUAUUAUUAUUAAAGUAAAAAAAAUAUUUUAGGCAUAAAAUCGAAUUAUUAGAUAAUUUUUCGAUAAAAACCAAAAAUGGUAUUGUGUAAGUACGAAAAUACCACUGAACUAAUACUUCAUAUUUAAUAUCAAUGGAAAAUUUUAAUAAAAACUUAUAAACUGAUUUUUUUUUUUAGGUUUGAAGGACGAUUAUUAAGUUUGAAAAUAUGAAUAUUUUUCUGCGAUUACAAGGACUACAAACUCCUCUUAACUCUUAAAAAUACUACUCCCUCAUGUUAUGUGCCUCUUAUAUCUUUUUGGAACGUCCCAAAAAGAUAAAUCUAUUAUACUUACUAUUUUUGAACACUACUUUUUAUUAUUAGACUCACUAGUUCUAUAUUUUAUACCCUUUUUAACACUAUUACAUUCACUACUUUCGUCAACUAUCUCAAAUCUAUUACUCCCCCCGUCCCUUUUUACUUGUCACUUUGAUUUUUUACACGUAAUUUAAGAUGAUUGAAAAACAUAAUUUCGUUCAUUAUUUUUAAAAUUUUCUUUUUAUGAAUAAAAAUAUAAACUAUAAACUUUAAUUCAGAAAAUGAAAAUUUUAAAAAUAAUAAGUAGAAAUAUGUUCUUUAAUCACCUUAAAUUAUGUGCAAACAAUCAAAGUUACAAGUAAAAAUGGACGAAGAUAGUAUUAAAUUGUGUUAGAUCUCACUACUUCACCUACUUUUCAACUAUAUAUAUUCUUUUUUACUAGUUUUUUCUUAAUCUACGUAAAAGUUAAAGAAAACUAACAUAAAAUGGGAAUGAGGGAGGACACAGUUGUUUUUCAAAAAAAGAAAAAUACUACUCCUUCCGUCUCAAUUUAUAGGUCCCUUUUGGAAUAAAUACGCAUAUUAAGAAAAAAAUUGGUUAUAUAUGAUUUUAUCUCAUCUAUCAUUAAUUAAUGCAUUGAGAAAUGAGAAUAUAGAGUUGAAUUUCAAAAAAAAUCACAAUAAAUAGAGAGAUUUAGUGUAUUGAAAAUUGAGAAUACAGUUGAGUUCCAAAAUAAUCACAAUUAAUAUAAAGAUAAAUUUGUAUUGAAAGAAAAUAGUGACAAAUAUUUUGAGACAAAAUUUUUUUUCAAAAGGGACCUAUAAAUUGAGACGUAAGGAGUACAACAAUUGCAGUCAGGUGAAAAAAUAAACCUGGAAAAACGAAAAUGGGUAAACAAUCAUUAGGGGUGGUUAAUAAGGUGAGCUUCCUAGCUUGACCCAUUUGAAAUUCCAUACCAACUGAUCCAAAAGCUUGGACGACUUUGACCAUACUUUUCAAUGUUUUUGUGUGGCCCAACCGGGUCCCACUGGUCCAUCUCCCAACUCCAUAUACCCUAGUUUACCCCCACAAUACUUUUCUUCCAUCGAUUUUUGCCUUUCUACUUUUCAAGCUUCCCCAAACCAAACAUAUCCCAAUUUCUCAUGUGGCCCCCACCAACUUACUCAUCACAAGCCCUUUCCUUUCCUUGCAAUACUUUUCAAACCAUCAUCAUCUCUCUUGCAUCUCCAUGGCCAUUAUACAUUAUACAUGCACACACACACUAGUGUGUAUUUGUGUGUACACACUAUGACACAAUAAAUCUCAUGUCACUUUCGACACAUACAUAGAUUAAUAUAAAUAUGGUAGUUUAAUUUAGUGGAGAUUGAGCAAAUACAAAAAUGGAAUCCAUAUUCAAGCUUAGUGAAGGUGAUAGGACAGCCUAUCUCCACCAGAUGAGCUCCUCACUUGGCUGCACUUAUGUUUGCCUUUGGUCUUACUUGCCUCAACCCUCUAACUGUUUAGUGUUCUUGGAUGGAGUCUACCAUGAAGAAUACACUGAUAAAUUAGCUAUUGGUGGUUCUUCAUCGUCGUUGUCAGUGACUUCUCUUCCUAGCAGGCUUUUUUAUGUGUAUCAGAAAUCAGUUCUCUCCGUCGAUGAUGGCCGUGUUCCUGGAAUUGCUUUCAAGAAUAGUAUUCCAUACCUUGAGUAUAAGGGAUUAGAGCUUCAAACAUUAACAUCCACCCAAGUACAGCUGCAAUUUUAUCAGGAAGCUCGGAUCAAGACCUCUAUAUUUAUGGGGUGCAGAAGUGGAGAGAUUGAGCUAGGCUUUUCUACGGUUUCCCAAGUUAAUGUUGAAGCCCAAAUGAAGAAUCUGUUUCCUCAAGAAUUCUCUCUGCAAGUUGUUCCAAGAGAGCUUACUGAUCAGCCAACUGAUCAGACAGUUCCACCUUCAUUACCACCUCCAUUACUACCCAUUUCCACCAAUAUCGCCAGCACUUCACACAAUCCAAACCCUACUCUUCAACAACCAUUUCCACCACUCGUAUCAAGCCCGAAUACUAAUGAUGCUUUCCAAGAAACCAUUGAUACUUUAAAUCAAAUCCGGAACGUUAAUUUCCCCACCAUAGAAAGCGAAGAUGCUGCAAUCACACAAGCCAUUCUAGCGGUCAUUUCUUCUUCUACAUCUCCUUCACCAACUUCUUCCGCUUCUUCACCUCAGCCCCCACAAAGAAGUAGUGCUUUCAAGACUUAUAGGAGGUCAGUUUUAGCCCCUGGUAGACAGAUUACGAGACCUCGUAGACCAAAUAUGUUGAAGUUAGCCGUGGAGUUCAUCAGAAGUAGUUCAAGCCUAAUGAGGGGCCAAGAACGAAGCCAAACUGGAAGCCGGUCUGGAAGCAAUCAGUUGCAGCAUAUGAUCAAAGAGCGCAAACGAAGAGAAAGGCUUAAUCAGAACUUCGAAGCAUUGAGAUCUCUACUUCCUCCCGGAUCUAAGAAGGACAAAGCAUCAGUGCUGAAUAGCACAGUGGAGUACAUGAAUCUACUCAUUUCCGAAGUUAGAGAGCUAAACAGAAGAAACCAGAUUUUACUUUCACAGCAACAUGAAGAAACCAAUGAAGCAAACAAUCAAGAAACUAUCGGUGGUACUUCAUUGCCAUCAACCAAUGCUGGUGAUCACAGGCUCGACAUUCUGAUUGCGAACGUGGCUGAAACGACAUCAGAGGCUCGGGUUUUGGACUUGAGAGUGCGUGUUAGAGGAGAAUGCAGUAUAUCAGAUAUUGUGAUUAGGGUUCUGGAGUUCUUGAGGCAAGUUGCGAAUGUGGGGUUAUUGUCUGUAGAAGCCAGUACACAGAUGGUGGGAACUGCUGCAGUCAGUGAUUUUGUUUGGAGAUUCAAGAUUGAGGGAGAUGAAAAUUGGGAAGAGUCGAGCUUCCUAGAAGCAGUAAGAAGGGUGAUUGCUGACCUGACACAAUAACAAGUGGGCUCAAAUAGAUGUGGACACGUACACAACACAAGUCCCACUUGAUCACCUACCGCCUCCUUCUAAAUCGGCGGCGCCACGACAUCAAAUUUCGUGACAUGGGAAGUUUAGUUUAGAGAGCCGGAGUUAUGGAUCCUGUUCUCUGCCCACCUAUUGUUGGGAAAGGAUUAUUUAAUACGGGGUUGUUAGAUUUAGAUUUCAAGUGCUCAGAUUCAAUCCGAAUUUUUAAUAUAUCCGCUAUAAAUAUCCGUGAAAUGGAAGAUUUACUUUCCGCGGAUAAUAUCCACGGAAAAGGAGUUCUCUUUUCCGCGGAUACAUUAAAAACUCAAAAUUGAAUCUGAGCUUUUAAAAUGUAAAUCUAACGACCCCGUACAGUGUGUUAGAUAACUUUUUCCUUGACAACCGGUUGAUAGAGAACACGACCCUGGAGUUAUAUCUGCAAUGUAGUUCAGAGUUUAAUUCUUAGUCAUGAUUUGUCUUACGUAUUUUCGAUUGAAUUUAUUUUACAUGAUUGAUAAUUUGGUUUUGAG